ACAGAAGCAGCAUACGUCACGUCCUGGCGGGCUCUGGCUCUCUGGAUGUAAACAACUUUACUUUUUAAAAUCUCUGUUGAACCUUUAAGCCACAAAUGUCCACAGAGUGCAAUGGAGCAGCCUGAGGACCUAGGGCAGCUCAGUCACACCAUGGAGGCAGUGGCUGUACAUGAUGAGCCUGCUCCUAACCACACAUCUGCACAGAGUGAUAUUUCACCCAUAGACAUGCUCAGAAUAAAGCAACAGAUGUUUAACCAAUGUUUUGAGAUGGAAGUGCACCUCCAAACUGGAGAUCCUAAAAGAACAUGUAGCUCAUCUGAAGCAGAGAGAGAUUUGCUGGAUUUUGUAACUGAGAUAGAGAAUGCCAAGACUAAUUAUUUUAACUGCACACUUGCAUUGCACAGGAUGCAGACGUGGCAUGCUCUUGCUGAAAAACGUAAACAAAAUGAUGCAGAGGCAAAUGAGCUGCGGCGUGUAAGUGAACGUUGUAUGGCCCUUUGUUCACAGACUAAACUACUCCAACAAGAAUCAAGGGCUCUUCAAGAUGACAUAUCAGAAUUACAAAAGAAGAGACUAGGUAUCUGUCCCCUAGGAGAGGGGCAGGAGACAACACCAGACCAAGCUGCAGAGUUGAAGCGUCUUACUCAUGAAAAAAUGAAGGAGAUAGAGGAGUUGAAGUCAAAGAAAGAACACCCAGACUCAGAAAAAUAUAAAGCUGUGUUGGAGAAAGGCCAAGCAAACCUGGAGAAAAACAAGAAGAUGGCUGUCAUGACACAGAAUGUCCUGAGGGGCCUGCUUUUAGCCUGUAAGAUUAACUGGAUUGAUGACCCCAAACUUCGUGAUAUUGCCAUGACUCUAGAAGAGCUUCCCAUUUCUGACUAAGCAGUAACAUUAUUUAUAAAUGUACUUGUUUUAAUGUAUAUGCUGUUUGUGAUGUUUAAAUAAAUAAUACGUAUUUCGUAAA